AUGGUAGAGAAUUCAAUGGAAGUAUUAAUGGAUGACUUCUCGGUUGUGGGUGACACUUUUGAAGCCUAUUUAGCACAUUUAGGACAAGUUCUCCAAAGAUGUGUGGAGACAAAUUUGGUCCUAAACUGGGAAAAAUGCCACUUCAUGGUUAAAGAAGGGAUAGCUCUUGGUCCAAAAGUGUCGCAAAAGGGGCUGGAGAUUGAUAAAGCAAAAAUUGAAGUGAUUGAAAAGUUACCACCACCAAUUUCGGUGAAGGGUGUUCGUAGUUUUUUGGUACAUGCCAGUUUUUACCAGAGGUUCAUCAAAGACUUCUCAAAUAUUGCACAUCCUCUAUGCAAACUGUUGGAGAAAGAGGUGAAAUUCCACUUUGAUGAUGCUUGCAUGGUGGCUUUCAAGUGCUUGAAAGAAAAAUUGGUUUCCACCCCAAUCAUCAUUAGUCCUGAUUGGUCAGACUCUUUUGAAGUAAUGUGCGAUGCAAGCGGCACAGCAUUAGUUACUGAACAAGAGUUACCUGCGGUAGUUUAUGCGUUUGAGAAGUUCCGGGCAUACUUGCUAGGUACUAAAGUGAUUGUUCACACUGAUCAUGUUGCACUGCGUUAUCUGAUGGCAAAGAAGGAUGCCAAGCCAAGAUUGAUAAGAUUGGAAGGAAAGGAAAAUGACGAGCUGGAGAUCGAUAUAAAUGAUGUUUUUCCCGAUGAACGUAUUCACGAGUGUGGGUUAAUGUCGGACGAACUGAACUUCUACCAACAAAAGAGGUUCUUGUUCGAUGUUAAGAAGUACUUUUGGGAUGAGCCAUAUUUAUUCAGAGAGUGUGCAGACCAUAUCAUUAGGAGAUAUGUUCCAGAAGAAGAAACCAUCGAAAUUCUCCAUGCUUGUCAUGUUUCAUCGGUUGAGGGUCAUCAUGGUGGUGUACGUACAGCUGCUAAAGUUCUACAAAGUGGGUACUACUCGCCGUCUCUCUACAAAGAUGUUCAUGAGUUUGUUAAGAAGUGCACUAAAUAUUAUGUUUCUAAAUGGGUGGAGGCUGUUGCACUUCCAAACAAUGAAGGAAAAAGUGUUGUUCAAUUCCUGAAACGCUACAUCUUUGUAAGAUUUGGUACUCCUCCGGCUAUUAUUAGUGAUGGGGGAUCCCACUUUUGCAACAAGUGGUUCUCAGCCGCAUUGAGUAAGUAUAGAGUGAAACACAAAGUAGCAACUCGGUAUCAUCCCCAAAUGAGCGGCCAAGUUGAAGUGUCAAACCGGGAGAUCAAAAGCAUCUUGGCCAAGAUAGUGAAUACUAAUAGGACUGAUUGGUCUCGAAAGCUUGAUGACGCACUAUGGGCGUAUCAUACCGCAUACAAAACACCAAUCGGUAUGUCUCCGUCUCAACUAUUUUUUGGUAAAUCUUGCCAUCUACCAGUUGAAUUGGAACACAAAGCAUUAUGGGCAUUGAAAGCUCUAAAUAUGGACUGGACAAAGACUUCAAAAGAGAGAGUAGAGCAGUUAAAUGAGUUGCACGAAUUCAGGUUCAAAGCUUAUGAAAGUUCAGCCCUAUACAAGUUAAAGAUGAAGAAAUGGCAUGAUGCUAAAAUCCUUAACAGGGAUUUCAGAGUGGGAGACUGGGUGUUACUAUACAACUCUCAACUUAGACUCUUUCCAGGAAAGCUCAAGUCCAAAUGGUCAGGACCGUUUAGAGUGACACGAGUGUUCACAAUUGGUGCCAUCAAAGUUAAAGGUCAAGACGGACCUGCAUUUAAGGUGAAUGGGCAACGCUUGAAGUUAUACUUUGGCAAGUGCCAAGAGAUUUCUCUGAUUGUGGUGGUGCAAGAUAUUGUGCGAGAAGAAGAUGCUAUUGGCGGAUCGCCGACCCCGUUCGGCGAGCACGACAUAGUCCGCCCUAUGGACUUCAAAAAUGGGGCUGAGAUUCUGGAAAAUUCGGCGAGAGACCUUCAGCACUCGGCGAAUCGCGUACUUAGGCAACCCAAUUUUUCUCGCCCUUUUUACUUCAGUGCUGGCAGCAUAACUCAAUGA